UCAAAAAAAAUAAAAAAAGAAUUGGAAGUCUCUGUUGGGAAACCCCAAGAGCAGGAGGGGCAGACGAUGGAAUCGUCGAAGUGGGAGAUGGUGGAACUGCAAAGAAAUUCAGGAAACUGGAGAGAAGUUGUGGAAGAAAUAGUGAGGAUAGAGAAACGUGUUUUCCCAAAGCACGAGUCUCUUUCCAAAUCAUUCGAAGAUGAAAUUAAAAAGAAGCACACCGGUUUGCUUUACACUCGAAUUGGAGAUGAAGUUGCUGCUUAUCUCAUGUUUUCUUCCACCUCCUCACUCUGCGCUUCUAUUACCAAACUUGCAGUAAAAGAAAAGUACAGGAGGCAGGGUCACGGGGAAGAAUUGCUUAAAGCAGCAAUAGAGAAAUGUAAAAGUAGAAACAUAAGCCGAGUGUCACUUCAUGUAGAUCCACUGAGGAUCGAGGCUACAAAUCUCUACAAGAAACUCGGUUUCCAGGUCGAUACUUUGGUAGAACGCUACUACUCCUCAGAUAGAGAUGCCUAUAGAAUGUACUUGGAUUUUGACUAAGUGGUUUACACAAACUUCAUAAGGAGGACAAAGGAUUCAGUUCGACUUUGAAUUCAGUAAAAUUUUACUAUAGCCUGUUUUGCCUCCGUAUCUUCAUUUAUCUUCCAGAAUAUGUUUGGAUAACUUGCUAGUUGAUACCAUCAUCUUGUAGUAAUGGUUUUCUCUAAAGAAUAUUAACACAGGCUACUGUUUUCACUUUUCAUGGCUGUAGCUAUAUUAUGGAAGACAUGACUAACGCUGUGA